GAAGGAAACGAACUCGUGAGUCGCGACGUACAUCUAUAGAAAUUCGCCCAUCGGAACCGACCACUGCAUCAGUCUCAGUUCAACACUCGAACGGUUCGGAACGAUUCUAUCGCGUGCGCUAAAACACAUUAUAAAACAACCCACACAGAUCAAUCAUGAGCUCAUCGCAGUACUAUCCAUUCCAAUGCACCCCAACCGUCUACCCGGCGGAUCCCUUCGAUGCCAACGAGGAUGCCGCCACGCUCCGCAAGGCCAUGAAGGGCUUCGGAACCGAUGAGAAGGCUAUCAUCGAAGUCCUGGCCCGUCGUGGUAUUGUUCAGCGUUUGGAAAUUGCCCAGGCAUUCAAGACCGCCUACGGUAAGGAUCUGAUCUCGGACCUGAAGUCGGAGUUGGGCGGCAAGUUCGAGGACGUUAUUCUGGCGCUGAUGACCCCCCUGCCACAGUUCUACGCCAAGGAGUUGCACGAUGCCAUCUCGGGUAUCGGUACCGAUGAGGAAGCUAUCAUUGAAAUCCUGUGCACGUUGUCGAACUAUGGCAUCAAGACGAUCGCCGAAUUCUACGAACAGCUGUACGGAGUUUCGUUGGAAUCGGACCUGAAGGGUGACACCAGUGGUGCCUUCAAGCGACUGUGCGUCUCGUUGGUGCAGGGCAAUCGCGAUGAGAACACCGGCGUCGAUGAGGGAGCAGCUGCCGCUGAUGCCCAGGCUCUGUUUGAAGCUGGCGAAGGCCAGUGGGGAACCGACGAGUCGAUCUUCAACCAGAUCCUGGUCACCAGAUCGUACCAGCAGCUGCGGGCCGUGUUCGAAGCGUACGAAAACAUGGCUGGACACUCGGUUGAGGACGCCAUCAAGCGCGAAUUCAGCGGCGCCAUCGAGGAAGGUUUCAAGGCCAUUGUGCGUUGCGUCCGAUCGAAGGUUCAGUACUUUGCCAAGCGUCUCCACCACUCGAUGGCCGGGCUCGGUACCAACGACAAGACGUUGAUCCGUAUUAUCGUUAGCCGCUCGGAAAUCGACCUCGGAGAUAUCAAGGAGGCGUUCCAGGAAAUGUACGGCAAGUCUCUCGAGUCGUGGAUCAAGGAGGAUUGCGAAGGCGACCUUGGAGACCUGUUGGCCACGUUGGCGUCCUAUUAGAUUUAAGGCUGCUCUCGUGAAUUGUUAAACUAACAUUAGUCAAAAGCUGCUGGCACAAAUUAAACUGUUUUAUUUAAUAUUAGAGUUCAUAAGAAGAUCUUCAGCCCAAGGCUGUUUAAUAUUUGAGGGAAUCCGAUAACUCAUUUUUGUAGAAUUGUUUUAUGAAUUUGUUACUUUGCUUUGGUAAUGGAAUUACAUCCUUUUUUGUUUCAUUUACGGCCACAAUUUCUAUGACUGAAUCGAAUCCGUUCCCAUUCUCCGUUUUCUUCUAGGAUGACCUAGGAAGCGAUUUGGGCAACUUGCUUGCCGAACUGGCUUCGUUCUAAGGCGCAGCUUCACCUUAAAUUAUGGAACAAUCUGUUAUAUUGAUGAAUCUAUUGUGGAUGUUUUAAGUAUAGUGAUUCAAAAAGUAUUUAUUACAUAGCUUUAAAACCAUUUAAGCACUCUGAAAUAGUUGGUCCAUUGGAAUAAAUAAACCAUUGUGCAUUGUGUC